AUUUUCACAGGAAGCUAUGGCGAUGAACAAGUUUAAUGUAUUUCACUGGCACAUUGUGGACGAUCAGUCGUUUCCUUAUAUGAGCCGUACCUUCCCUGACUUAAGUCAGAAGCGAAAGGGAGCCUAUCACCCAUUCACACAUGUGUACACUCCGUCUGACGUGAAGAUGGUCAUCGAGUUUGCCCGCAUGAGGGGGAUCCGAGUCAUCCCUGAGUUUGACACCCCAGGACACACACAGUCAUGGGGCCAUGGCAUAAAGGAUCUGCUAACACCUUGUUACAGUGGCUCUAGUCCUUCAGGAACAUUUGGGCCAGUGAACCCCAUCUUAAACUCCUCUUAUGACUUCAUGACACAGUUUUUUAAAGAGAUUAGCACUGUCUUCCCUGAUGCCUACAUUCACCUGGGGGGAGACGAGGUUGACUUCAGUUGCUGGAAGUCUAAUCCUGAUAUUCAGAAGUUUAUGGUGCAGCAGGGCUUUGGCACAGACUACAGCAAACUGGAGUCUUUCUACAUUCAAAGAUUACUUGAUAUUGUGGCUGCUACCAAGAAAGGUUACAUGGUGUGGCAGGAAGUGUUUGAUAAUGGGGUGAAGCUGAAGGAUGACACUGUGGUGGAGGUGUGGAUGGGGAACAAGAUGGAGGAGGAGCUACAGAAUGUGACUAGGGCAGGAUUUACAACCAUUCUUUCUGCCCCUUGGUACCUGGACUACAUUAGCUAUGGACAGGACUGGCAACGCUACUACAAAGUUGAGCCACUCAAUUUCCCUGGCACAGAUGCACAGAAGAAGCUGGUGAUUGGUGGAGAGGCUUGUCUUUGGGGAGAGUAUGUGGAUGCUACCAACCUCACUCCUCGACUC